AAUUUGCCUUCCCUUUCCAAGGUUAUUCAAAAGAGGAAAGAUAAAUUCCAGGGCUCUGAUGUUGCCUUCGUUGUUUGGUUUGAGUUCAUUAACGAUGCUGAAACUAAGGAACUGCAAUCUUUGUGAAGGAGAUAUUCCUAGUGAUAUUUCUCGCCGAUCCUCUUUGAUACACCUUGAUCUUGGUGGUAACAAUUUCGUCAGCAUACCUUUGUGUCUUGCUCAAUUUUCCAAGCUUGAAUUUCUUAGAUUGUCAUAUUGCAGGGCUCUAAAAUCGUUGCCUGAGCUUCCAACAAGUAUAAAAGAUGUAAGGAUAAAUGGUUGUGCUUCUCUGGAAACUAAUUGUGGUUAUAAUCAUCCUUUCGACACUGAUUUAAUCGUCCUGGAAAUGGAGGUUGGAUUUUCGGCAGUGAGGGUUUCACUCGGACCUGUUCGUCAUUUUCAGGAUUUUCCUGGGCGUUUUCUUGGCCAAGAUUCCUAUCAGGAAUUGGUUCCAGUACUUUCCACUUCACAACGUCACUGUAUUUGCGUGUUGUCUUGGAUUAAGUUCUGUUUGUGACGGCAGCUUCCUUUGAGAGUUCAAUUUCUCAAUUGAUAUGGUCAAUUCUCUUAUAGAUGACUCGAUUUUCUAUUGAAAAUCAAGCAUAUAAGCUGCUAAUUUAUUGACUAAAGUUUCUAGAGAAUUAUCUGAAUCUUGUGGCUGCUGUGGAACUCGAUUUGGUAUGGCUAGUUAUAUUGUGGAUUGGCCCCAUAACUCAAGUUAGGAUGGUCCCUCCAUCCUGAGUUGUAGGUAUUAGCGUAAGGGUCGUAUCGCCUUUGUGGUGGCCCAGAAAAUUUCCCACAGCAUCUAAAUAAGCCAUAGUAUCAUCAUUCAAACUGGGACAAAUAUCAGUUGUAUGUUCAAGGGUAGCACAUAUUCUGCAUAAGCGGGCUGUUUUUGCUUUUUCUGCAAUAAAAGAAUGUAUCAUAUUAGUAAGUCUGUAAACUUUAUCCUCUAAGGUUGAAUUACUUAGCUGGUGAACCCUUCUAGGGGGUUCAAGAUUGGCUUGAAAUUGCUGAGAA